AUGAAUGGCAGCAGCACAGGAAUUCUAGAACUGAGACUGCUUGGUUUUUCUGGCUCACAAGAUUUCCGUCACUUACUUUUUUUCAUAUUUUUUCUCCUAUAUGUGGUGAUAGUUAUUGGGAAUUCAGUCAUCAUUAUUAUGGUGUGUAUGAACCAUCAUCUUCACUCCCCCAUGUAUUUCUUCCUCAGUAACUUGUCUGUUAUGGAGAUUUUUAUCACAUCCGUUGUUAUUCCCACCAUGUUGGGUGGAUUGGUGACCACCCAAAUUCAAACAAUGUCCUUUGGUGCAUGUAUGGCUCAGCUCUACCUUUUUCUUUCUGUGGGGACUUCAGAGUUUGUGCUGUUGGCAGCAAUGGCUGUGGACCGAUAUGUAGCUAUCUGUAAUCCCCUGAGGUACAGCCUCAUCAUGAACCACCAAGUCUGCCUCUGGAUGGCCAUCACAUGCUGGGCGUUUGGGUUUCUGUUCCAAAUCUGGCCAAUUGUUGCAACGUAUCACCUUUACUUCUGUGGGCCAAAUACGCUGAACCAUUUCUACUGCGAGAGAGGUCAGCUGCUCAGACUCACUUGUGGUGACAGCAGGUUUCAGCAGUUUGUCCUGUUCCUCAUGGCAGCUUUUGUUCUUUUUGGCACUUUGCUUCCCACGAUCAUCUCCUAUGCCUACAUCAUCUGUACCAUCCUGAGGAUUCCUUCUGCUUCUGGUCGGAAGAAGGCUUUCUCUACCUGUGCUUCCCACUUCACCGUGGUGGUGAUUGGCUAUGGCACCUGCUUGUUUCUCUAUGUGAAGCCCAAGCAGACCCAGGCAGCUGAGUAUAACAAGAUGAUUUCCCUGAUGACAUCAGUGGUGACUCCACUACUGAAUCCCUUCAUCUUCACUCUAAGGAAUGAUCAAGUCAAAGUAAUUCUCAUAGAAGGGGUAAAGCGAUUGAGUCAUUUCUUGAAGAAGUAG